GUGUAGUAAAGAAAAAAAGCAAGUUAAAAAAAAUGCAAGCACAAGUUUUGUACUCAAAUAUUUGUGGCAUGAACAAAAUUUAUCGAUUUGUGUGAAAGUUGCAAGCGGUGACGGCGCCGCUGCUGAAAAUAAUUGGCCAAAAGAAAGUUUUUUUUAAAUCAAAGUUGUAAAUUGCACAAUGGAAAACUUAAACUUUGCACGCACGCCGCAGUUUCUGCGCAAAGUCAUCAACGAGGCGCGCAGAUCAUUUAUACACAGUGACGACACCGCAGCAGCCGGCAAGCCAACGGAAGACUCGACAUCGGCACGCGACGAAAUGGAGCUCGCCCACAGUUUGACACUCAACGAGGAGGCAGUGAAGCAGCUGCCGGAACAUAAGCGUGCAGUUUUUGAGCUGGAAUGGUUACGUUAUCUGGAGAAGUCGCUGCCACACAUGCCCAAGCAUGAGAUCAAAACGGGACAGAAAAAGCUUGUCCAACAGCUCUUAGAGCGCAUACAGGGCGCACCGGGUCCGCCCAUGCGCAAGUUGAUAGCCAGCGCACUCGCGACACUCUUCUCUGUGGGCGAUACCUUUAUGCUCUUCGAUACGGUCAACGCUUGUAACGAUAUACUGAAGAACAAGGAUGAUUCGCCGAGCUAUUUGCCCACAAAGCUUGCCGCCAUUUGCGUGCUGGGGUCCAUGUAUGAGAAGCUCGGACGCAUGAUGGGUCGCACCUAUGAGGAAACCGUGCAAAUCCUUAUACGUACCCUGCGCAACGCCGAAUCGCAGGCACGGAUCGAAAUCAUGCACACACUAGAGAAGGUCAGCGCUGGUAUGGGCACCGCCAUUGCCAAUGUGCACAAGGAUAUCUAUAAGGCGGCCAAGCAUUGCCUGUUGGAUCGCGUGAUGGCGGUGCGCGUGGCCGCCGCCCGUUGUAUACUUAAGAUGAUCUACAGUGCAUCGUUUCUGUACCAGACGGAACUGGAGAACCUGGGCACAUUGUGCUUUCGCGCCUUUGACGGCAGCAACUAUGAGGUGCGCUGCGCUGUUGCCCAGCUGCUGGGCACACUGCUCGCCUACACACAGCAGCUGGCCGAGCUGGCGGCGAGCAACAAGAAGUCCGCUCAAGCCCAGGCUGCGGCCGCCGCACUGCAAGCAGCUAAAGGCGGCGCCUUGCGUCUGGUCUCUCUGGACGAGGCACUGGGCAUACUUAUGUCUGGCUUUUUACGUGGUGGCGCCUCCUUUCUGAAGGGCACCGGCGAGAUAAUCAAGGGCAGUUCCGGCGUCAAUCGUGAGGUGCGCGUUGGCGUAACCCACGCCUAUGUGGUAUUCGUGCAGUUCAUGGGCAGCGUUUGGCUGGAGCGACAGCUGGGCACAUUCCUUGCCCAUGUGCUGGAUUUGGUGGCUAAUCCGAAGGCGGCUUGUUCGCAUGUGGAUGCCGUCUAUUCGCGCAAGUGCAUCAACUUUAUACUGCGCUCCACCAUUGGCAAGAUGCUGGGUGAGAAGGCGCAAAGCGCCGCCUGCAAGGAGCUCAUCCAUUUGGUGGCCAAACAAAUGAACUCAAUUGAUUUUAAUCCGGAGAAUGCCAAGGACUCGAACCAGGAGACACUGUUCAGUCAGCACCUGUUGGUAUGCGCCCUGCAGGAGCUUAGCUCUCUGUUUAUUGGACUGGGCACAACGGCCCAGAAUUUGCUAACAGAUCAAUCCCUAAACGCCAUCGAUGCCACCUGCGCGGUGCUUGUGCAUCCGUGUGCCGCGGCACGUCUGGCCGCCUCCUGGUGUCUGCGCAGCUGCUGCAUUGCGGUGCCCAGCCAAAUAACGCCGCUCAUCGAUCGCUUUAUCGAUGCCAUUGAACAGAUGCGCUCCUCACCGGAGGCCGUUGCGGGCUAUAGCUGCGCCUUAGCGGCCAUUUUGGGUAGCGCUCGCUACUCGCCCCUGGGCAUACCGCACACCAAGGGCAAAGUGGUGUUCAAUUGUGCCGAGGAGUUGUUACGCUCUGCUUCCCAGAAUAGCCGCAUGUCGCUGCAUCGCACCCAGGCCGGCUGGCUAUUAAUUGGCGCCAUCAUGACGCUUGGAUCGCCGGUGGUCAAGGGCCUGUUGCCACGCAUGCUGCUGCUUUGGCGCAACUCCUUUCCGCGAUCCAACAAGGAGCUCGAAUCGGAGAAGGCGCGCGGCGAUGCUUUCACCUGGCAGGUGACUCUUGAGGGACGUGCCGGUGCCCUCUCGGUCAUGCAUAGUUUUCUGCUCAAUUGCCCGGAUCUGGUCAGCGAGGACAUUACGCGGCGUCUGCUCACGCCCAUCGAAAGCGCGCUCGCCAUGUUGGUCAACUUGGCCACUGUACUCAAGAGCUAUGGCACCCAGCUGAAGGCACCUGCCGCCAUGGUGCGUUUGCGUCUCUUUGAGACGCUGACCCUGCUGCCGCCCACUGCUCUGGAGGCUUCCUAUACCCAUCUUUUGCGCAUGCUCGUCUCGGAAUUUACCUUGUCGGAUAAUGCGGCCAAUACGACGAAUUCUCUACUGCGCACGCUUUGCCAUGGCGAUGAUUCCAUUAUUUUGGGCACUUGGCUUCAGGAGACCAACCAUCGCACUAUCGAGGAUCAGAUGGAGCCGAAUCGCAAAGUCGAUGGCGAGCAUCUUCAGCCGAAUAGCGCUGCGGGCUCCGGCGCCCUGGAGCACGAUCCCUGCUGCCUGUAUCGGCCCAACUGGUCGGCCCAGUACGGCAGCAAUGCCAGCUCAAACGCGAGCACUUCGAGCAACAACAACAACAUACAGCUGAUUAACAAGGCGCAACAAUGCCCGGGACCUUUGCCCCUGGGCGUGGCCGUGAUUGACAUGUCCGUGACGUUGUACGGCACCAUUUUCCCCAAGGUGGCCAACAAGCAUCGGUUGCAAAUGCUCGACCAUUUCGCCGAGUGCAUAAAGCAGGCGAAGAGCAAUCGCCAGGAGGCAAUCCAAAUGAAUAUAUUUACCGCGCUGCUCUACGCGCUGAAGCAUCUGACGGAUAGCAAGACGACCAUUGGCCAGGAGGAUGUCAAGAAGAGCGCUACCAGCCUGAUAGUCGCUUCGCUGACCAGCACCAAUUCAACGAUACGCUGCGCCGCCGGCGAAGCACUCGGCCGUUUGGCCCAGGUCGUUGCCGAUUCUCACUUUACGGCCGAGCUGGCACAGAACAGUUUCGACAAGCUGAAGUCGGCCCGGGAUGUGGUAACACGCACCGGGCACUCGCAUGCCCUGGGCUGUUUGCAUCGCUAUGUGGGCGGCAUGAGCAGCUCACAGCAUCUUAAUACCAGUGUCUCGAUAUUGCUUGCUCUUGGCCAGGACAGCGCCUCGCCGGUGGUGCAGGUCUGGUCGCUCUAUGCGUUGGCCCAGAUUGCUGAUUCCGGCGGUCCCAUGUUCCGCGGCUACGUGGAGGCCACGUUGACGCUCUCGCUGAAGCUGCUGCUGAGCGUGCCGCAUGCCCACGUGGAUGUGCAUCAGUGUGUGGGCCGUGUGGUCAACGCACUGAUCACCACCGUCGGACCGGAACUGCAAGGCAACAACACAGCCGUGAUUGCCAUGCGCAGCUCUUUUCUAUGCGCUGCGGCACUGCUACAAGCGCACGCCGAUCCUCUGGUGCAAGCCGAGGCCAUUGGCUGCCUGCAGCAGCUGCAUCUGUUUGCCUGCAAAUCUCUGCAGCUGGAUACGCUCGUCCCGACCCUUGUCAAAAUGCUGGCCAGUAAUUAUUUUAUAUUACGCAAAGCGGCCGUCGCCUGUCUGCGUCAGCUGGCGCAUCGCGAGGCGCGUGAGGUAUGCGAAUUGGCGCUGGCCAUUACGCCGGAUCAAUGUCCGGAUUUGGUUAUAACAGAGUAUGGGCUGCCCGGACUGCUCUACUCCAUGCUGGACACGGAAACAGACGCGGAGAUGCUUAAGAACAUACACGAUACGCUGACUUCUAUGCUGCAAAUGCUGGCAGCCGAUAAUCUGAGCAACUGGCUCAGCCUCUGCAAGAAGGUGCUGACCGUCGCCGUGGAGACUGGCUCCUCCAGCGAGGAGCAAACUGGAGCACUGGCUGGUGGCUCUGGGGAUGCCGGCAGCAAAUCCGGCACAGGCGAGUCCACGCAAACCGACGACGAUGACGAUGAGGAAGAGGAGUAUGCCGACGAUGUAACCGAAUAUCGUGCCGAAGAGAACACCUCCACGCAUCCGGCCGUCCAGCCGCGUUGGCCCACCCGUGUCUUUGCUGCCCAAUGUGUGCGCCGCAUCAUCGCCAGCUGCGAGGCGGCCAAUGCGUUACAUUUCGAUCUGUUGCAGGCCAAGGAGCAGCAGCUCAUCAAGUCGCGCAGCGGCGAUUAUCUCAUUCUGCAUCUGGCGGAGCUAAUACGCAUGUCCUUUAUGGCCGCCACUUCGGACUCGGAUCAGCUGCGGCUGGAGGGUUUGCGCACGCUGCAAGAAAUCAUAGAUCGAUUUGCCAAUGUGCCGGAGCCCGAGUUUCCAGGUCAUUUGCUGCUCGAACAGUAUCAGGCACAGGUGGGCGCUGCCCUACGACCGGCUUUUGCGCCCGACACGCCCUCCCAUGUGACCGCCGCCGCCUGUGAAGUGUGCUCCGCCUGGAUUGGCUCCGGUGUGGCACGCGACAUUAGCGACUUACGGCGAGUGCAUCAGCUGCUGGUCAGCUCGCUGAACAAGCUCUAUACGAAGACGAACUGCAGCACUCAGCUGUAUAACGAAUCGAUGGCAACGCUGGAAAAGCUCAGCAUACUCAAGGCCUGGGCGGAGGUCUACAUUGUGGCCAUGCUGGGCAACGGCAAGGCGCCCGCUUCGCUGCUGACCAUUACGCCAGCGGGCGCAGCCACAGAACUGGUAACCGGCCUUGAAUUGGAUACGGAUAAUCGAGGCGAGAGCCUGUUGGGUUUGGUGCAGCCGGAGCUGCAUAAUCUAUCCAAUCACUGGCUGGCCGCCAUGAAGGAUCAUGCGCUGCUGCUGCUGCCUGUCGAGUUUCAAUCGCAGUUGCCCCGCGAUGGCGGCUCCUUCUACACCACAGACACCAUCAACUCGUCCAAGCCGCACUACAUGACCAGCUGGCCGCCCAUAUUAUAUGCAGCUGCGCUCUGGCUGCGCGACGAAGGCUUCGCCAAGCAUGUGGAUACUCAAAGCCAAGUGGAACCUUGCAGCACGCAGCCCGAGUCCGCGCCCGAGUCGAAUAAUAAUAAUAAUCACAUCACCCAUGGCUCGCUUUCGGCUGAUCGCUUCCACAUGAUCUUCGGCAUUUGCAUGGAGGCGCUGUGCAGUAUGCGCAGCUCGGAUAAGCCCCGGAACAUUGUUAGCUGCCUGCGGGCGCUGCACAGCAUCUUUGAUUCGGAUUGGGCGCGCCGGCAGCUGAUCAAGGAUCGUGCCUUGACCAUUGAGCUAUGUCACGUUCUGCAUCGCCAGAUACUCACACGGGAUGAGCUGCUCGUCCAGCUGCUCUGCGUGGAGAUACUCAAGCAAACCAUACAGGCGGCACGCGAAGAUUUAGAAAGAAGACGCGAUACCCAACAGCAACAGCAGUCUGCAGACAAUGCCAAUGAAAAUCAGAAUGAAGGCGAAAAACAGGAACUGGACCUGGGCGAGGGUAGCGUCAUGCAGCCGGGCAGCUCGCAUGUGUAUGCCGUGCUGGAGGUCUGCCUAUGUCUCUUCGUGCGUCAAAUACCUAGCCUGAAUCCCAGCAAGCAGAGCAGUCUACAGCUGGACUAUGCGUAUGCCCGGAAUGCCGCCUCCUUCUUCUCAGUGCUUGGCGAUGACAAUGGCCGCCUGGUCGCCAGCGGGCUGCAGUGCGUCGAACAGCUGCUGGAGCUGUGUACGCCCAGUGGCGCCCUGACCAUACUGCCCACCAUACUCUACAUGACGACGAGCAUUAUGCGGGAGAUAACCAACAAGUCGGCCAUCGACAGCAGCAUACUGGCCAACACCUGUGCCGUACAGGCGGCACUUAAGUGUCUGCGUUCUGUCUGUGUGCAUCGCUGGGCACACCAAGCUGCCACCCAGGAGGAUUGGCAGCAGUUGCUCCAAAGCGCUCUGGCCACCAUUAUUGACAUGACCAAGACCGCUGGCGAUAAUGAGGAGCGCAAGGUGGACGAGGUCACCAUGUUGCUGGCCAUUGCUGUAUUCAUACUGCAUACGCCCGCCUCCGUGGUAGCAACGCCCUCGCUGCAAUAUCCGUGCAUCAAUCACUUCCGGCAGUGCCUGCAAUCGGAGCACUUGUCGGUGAAACUGAAAUGCAUCGAGACGACGCGUUCCAUUUUCACACAGGCGGACCUUAAGACGGCCACGCCCUACAUCCAUGCGCUGGCGCCACGCAUCAUUGAAUCCCUUUAUGCCGACUCCAGCAAGACGCCGGCCAGCGAACUGGAGCUUCAGGUGACCCUCGAGAGCAUUGUGACCGUGGAACAGCUUAUUGAGCUAGCAGAGCCGCAACAUCGAAACUUGCUACAAGAUAUACAAAUGCUAACGCUACUGGUGCCGGUGCUCAUUGGGUACCUGGCCGAGCCAAGCAAGUUGCGUACAUUGCCCAAAUACCAGCGCCAGCUGCAUGAGCAAUCCCUUAACUGGCUGCUCAAGAUCGGACCCAAAUACCCGCAAGAGUUCAAGGCGUUGAUGUGCCAAAAGCCGGAGCUGCGCCAGAAACUGGAGGCAGCCAUACGUAACCAGCAGCAGUCAAUUAAUCUCGCCCAGAAGGCCAGCGAGGCGCAGCGCAGCGGUUUGCUGGCCAAGCCGCAGAAGCCGACGAUCAAGCUGAAAACGGACUUUAGCAACUUCCAAUAAAUAAAUAAACACCA